UGUGGAGACCAACAUAUCUUUCGAAGAUGCAGAGUUCCAGUAACACUGCCCGUGCCAGGAGGGCAGUCCAGCAGCUGAGAAUAGAAGCCAGCAUUGAGAGAAUUAAGGUGUCCAAGGCCUCAGCAGACCUGAUGCACUACUGUGGAGAACAGGGUAAAUACGACCCUCUACUCAUGGGUAUACCAGCCUCUGAAAACCCCUUCAAAGACAAGAAGCCAUGCACUAUAUUAUAGUAGCGGAACAGCUGAUUAUCUUCGCUUUUUUUAUUUGUAUUCUUUUAUAGGGAGAAAUAUACAACGUUAAUACCGGUACACUAUUUGCCUUAAGGCCAGCCCAGUCCCACUCCCCAUGUUUCCUUGUACUUUAGGUUGAUUUCAAAAUGUUACCUUAGGGCUCUGGUCAAAAGUAGUGCAAUAUAAAGGGAAUAGGGUGCCAUUUGGGACUCAUUCACUCUCUCUUUUAAACUAGUGCCAUUUUGGUAGAAUCAGAAUCAUUGGUCCUCUCUCUCCAUCAGAUACAACAAUUCAUUUGUGACCCAGAAAAAAAGGGUUUAGUAUAGUUCAGUCAGUCAUAAAUAGAUAGUUCAUUAUGAGGCUCCUCUCAACAGAGACUGGUGUUCUUUCAGAUUGUUACCAUAUGUUAUGCAGACUAAAGACCAGCUGGGUUUGAAAUGGGGGUUCCCAACUUUGUCAUGUUAACACUAAAACAGUUCCUUUUAAAAUGUACAUCAACUUACUGACAGCAAAUGUAUUUUACAGUACAGCCACUGUAAUCCAUUUCACUGUAAUCCAUUUUACAGUACCACAAAUGUUACUGUAAUCCAAUUUACAGUACAUUACUGGAAUUACCCAUGCAGUAGCAUAUUAUCCAGUGUUCUUUGCAAGUUUUAAUUUUUAGAUUUACAUUUUGGUCAUUUAGCGGGCACUCUUGACCUUAGCAGCUUACAGUCAGUGCAUUCAACCAAGGUUGAUAAAAAAAAAACACAUGUCAUAGCAAGUAAAACGUUUCUUUAACCGUAGAUUCCAUUUUAUGUCUCUGUGUCCAGUAUGAAGGACGUUUAAAGGUAGUUUUGCGAGUCAAUGCUAACUAGCAUCAGCACAAUGACUGGAAAUCUAGGGGUAAACUGACAGUGACUACAGAUCAAAGGACAGGGCUAGCUACUCAACCAUUAAUGGUUUUGAGACUUGCUGCCACUCUGAUCUACCCCUAUAUACAUUUAAUUGUUAGGGAACCACUACCACCUAUCACUUAAAUUGGUAAAGCACUCUCACCAAUGGGUGCAACAAAUAUGGCCGCUUACAAGACACUCCUCAAAAUAUAUUAAUGAGUGAGAAACAACAAUACCAUAAACCAGUUAGGGUUCAAAAGGUUUUUGGCUCUCCAAAAAUACGGUAUUGGUAAUGUAUUAUAAAUUACUGGUAGCAAUUGGCCAGUCAGGUUUGUAGAAUUCCUAAAAUACAGUAUAUUACCGUAUUCUGUAGGGGUACAGCAUUCUCACUCAUUGGUGAAACAAAUAUAGCCUCUUACAAUUUACGUUAUUUUACUGUGCACUCUACAAUGUUUUACUGUUGAAAUGACAGAAAAGUCUUAGUGUGCUGUAAAACAAAUGCAUGGUAUUUUACUGUGCCUUCUAUGAUAAUCUACUAUAUUCAGUUUAUACAGUAUCAUACUGUUGAUUAAUACAGUAAGUACAGAUACAAUUUCAAAAACAUCUAACAGUGCACAUCAGCUAGAGCAUAAAUCAUGUCAAUGGCCCUAAAGCAUUGCAGUUGCACCACACUAGUUUAAACCUUUAAGCUCCUGAUUGCGUCAGUCAGUCCCCACACAGUAGCCUCUUUGGAAAACAAUCAGUCUAGUUUGAAUGCUACUGAUAAGCUUGUAAUAACCCUGUUAUGUAAAUCAGCCAGUCCCAUGACACAGGAGUACACUAACCAGUGCUGAUGGGCUGGUAAACCACUGUAUGUCUAUGUUCCAAAUGGCAUCCUAUUCCCUACAUAGUGAACUACUUUUGACCAGAGCCCUAUGGGCCCUUGUUAAAAGUAGUGCACUAAAUGGAAAAGGCGGCCAUUUGGGACUGGCCUGUGAAUGUCCCAUCAAAACAAGAGAGGGCAGGCUGGCCAAAAGGUCAUGGCCUCUGUGACAAAUUAACACACUCUCAAAGGGUGCCUGUCAUUCUGUAAGGGAAAGCAUCUAGCUUGCAUCCACAGGGCCUGAAGAAGGUUAAAGGAUGACCACUUCACAAUGUCUAGCAAGCAUUGUUUUUUCUGCAAAGACAAUGUCAGAGAUCAUUUUCUUUUCAGGCGUGGGUAGAGGGUGGGGGGUAUCAAUUCAGACUAUCCCACUUCUAUGUAUUUGUUAUGAAACUCAGACUAACCUUUGCCUUAGAAACCAACCUUUGUGACUUUGCAUAGUUGUCUCACUUGUAUGUGGUACAGUAGAUAGAUAAUGUAGUAACAAUAUGAAGUAUUGCAGACCACGGUACACUAAUAUUAUGUAACCCUUUAAAUGAGUGUAAUAUGCCUUACGUUGAUGUAAAAGAUGUUGGUCCAUAAUGUUAUCUCUACAUAGCUGAAGCAGAGGAGGUAAGAUCCGUCUGUGCCAUCACAAUGACAUCUAUCCAAUGUACCAGCAUCAGAGGAAACAUACUGUACUAGCCUGAGUGCCAGUCUGUAUGUGCUAUCAUGCAAACUCCUUGUGACUCAUUUUCUUGGCAAACAAUUGUGAAAACUAGGGAAUAAGCAAGAGCACAAACCAAUCUGGUACCAGGCUAGAAAUGUGCAGGUUUUCUGAUUGUAUUUUAUUUCCAGUACUUUUAGUGUUUCAUUCUGAUAAUGUUGAAUUGAUAAAUGUACGACUUCUAUCCCGAAAGGGAUUCCGUGAACUUUGUGUAGACUGUUAUUAUGAUUUCUUCUUGAGUUUUAACAUUCCAUGUUUACAAUAACAAUACAAUAAUCAUUUCUUAUUUCAUGCUCUCACAAUGGUCAUGAUGGUCACAAUGGUUGAAUAAUUGUUAUUGUGUGUGUGGGAGUAUGCAUUUGUGUAAGUGUACCUGUGUGACUUUGCACGCGACUGGCAAAAGCAACUCAGUAACCAUUGUCAUGUUCAGUAGGGCACACUGUAGCUAAAACUAUAGUUUCUUAUUAGACAAGUUCAGGUAGUACCUCCCCAGUUCACUUCACUUUGCACCCAAUGAACACGACCCAGCUUAACCAUCCAGGGCCUUAAUAUUGAAGUAGUCUUGCUUCGGCAUGUCACCACUACCUUUCAGCCACACUCCUCAAACAACACUAGGAUAAUACUGUGAACAACGGAAUCACUACAUUCCCAGUGGAUGCAGGGAGCACAUCUACGCUGUCAUUUGUUUUGUUAGCUAUUCAAAUAAUAGAGACUGACUGCUAUUUGGAUGGUCAACUGACCGCCACGGAGACAGGCUGCAGCACCAAUUAAAAUGUUCCCACACCACAUGGUAUGCUAUUUGUCUCCCUAUUCUGGGCAAUCUCGGCAACCCAGAACCAAAGAUCUCACAUUCUACUAUUUAUGUUACGCUCACUCCACAAGAUAUUAUAUUCUGUGGCUUUGAAGGCUCGCUUGAAGUUGCGUGUUGCUGUAUGAUGUGUUUCUACACUUGCUUCUUCUCACUGUCACAAUGUCACUGCAACGACAUGCUGAACUUCAGUCGAAUCUAGACUAUAUGUGUGUUAACACUUUUUUUUUCUUUCCUUUGACGAUAAAUUGAUGAUAAUACAGUAGGGGAGAGCGAGGUAUGUUGUCACACUUUUCACGAUGUCUAACAUCUACUGGGCACAAUGGAUCACAAUGGUAACAAUGGCAUACAAAUGAAAGAAGGAAGUCUUGGGCACAUAUGUUGCAUUCAUUCCAUCUUCAUAUCUUACAUAUCUUAACAGUUUUGCAACAGCCUAGCCGACGUACAUCCGUAUCUGACUAAUCAGACUCAUCUUCAGAGUCACAGUUCUGGCACACAUAAAUUGCCUGGCCUGUUGUGCAAGCAUCAUGGGCCCAUUUGUUGCAUCUCACACACUUCACCCAAGUCUCCUUUGGAAGGCUGUUUGAAAAUGUCUCCACACAGACGAGGCAGAAUCACUCCUCUUCAUCUGAUGACUCUUCUAUGAUUUUUUUCUUUUUUUUAGCUGCCUUUUUCUUUGCAGAUCCAGAGUUGGACUCCUCCCCCUUGCUUCCCUUUCUUCGGAAACAGCCUUUUGCUAGAUUGUGCCUUAUUCUUUUCCAUUUCUAGUACCUGCUUUACUGGUGUCAUUUAGAAUUACUGUUUUGUGCUGUUUUCUUCCUUUGCAAGCUGAUUUUCGGGGGCCAGCUUUUGCAUAUGGCCGGAUAUCCUCUGGAGAUGGUAGUCCGCUGUCAGCAAUGGCAUUGCUGGGCAAGGGUGAGCUGGUGCUAGCAUAAGAACUGGGCGUGUCUGAGCUCGUGCUAUGCAGGGCUAGAAUAGUGCUGGGGCCUGACAGGGCUGGAAUGUUGCUGGGGCCUGACAGGGCUGGAAUGUUGCUGGAGCCUGGCAGGGCUGGAAUGUUGCUGGGGCCUGGCAGGGUGGGAAUGUUGCUGGGGCCUGGCAGGGCUGGAAUGUUGCUGGGGCCUGGCAGGGCUGGAAUGUUGCUGGGGCCUGGCAGGGCUGGAAUGUUGCUGGGGCCUGGCAGGGCUGGAUGUUGCUGGGGCCUGGCAGGGCUGGAUGUUGCUGGGGCCUGGUAGGGUUGGGUUCUGAAUGGGGCCAUCUUUAACGUAGGAUGGUGCAAACUCGGUUUCCAUAAAUACAUCCCUGUUGUAAGGUUGUACCCCGGCCACCCUAAAGCCAGCCUGAAUGUUCAAGGGGGUUGCAGCCAGAGGAUAGACGAUUGCCACAAUCCCAGGAAUGUCAUAAAUGUAACAUUGUCUCCCCGGGAUUGUUCCUCAUCCGGCAUCACAAGCAGUGUUCAUGUGCCUCUUUAGCAGCAUGUAGACAGACCUAUCUAAGGGUUGAAGCCGAUGAGAGCAAUGGGUUGGGAUAAUUGAGUCCAUAAUUGAGUCCAUCAAUGGACAGAUGAGACUUGUGGUUUUGUCCAAAAGGAGUAAACAGGACUUCUCCUUUGAGAAUUUCGUAUGCUGGACAAAAUGUUUCAGGAAGUCAACAAAGUGCACAUCUUUCAUCUACCCAGAGAGAUUUGCCCCUCCUUUGCUGCCAGGUGGCCCGUUGAUCAGGAAAUUAUCGCGGAAGCUGACACAGGGGAAUAUAAAAUAUGGAGGUAUACUAUUCCUUGUGGCUGAGACAGCACAGGCCAGUGUGACGAGGGUUCUCCUUCGAGCGGAGGUCAGUGACCCUAAUUGUUUGAAUCAACUGCCCACCACUAUGCCAGGUUUAUGUACAGUGGUCACCCCAGUUUCAUCGACAUUCCAUAUGUCUCCUGGUCCAAACUGAUAUCCCUGUAGCACUUCUGCUACAUUGUCGAAGAAAGCAUUAACAUUUUCUCUGUUGAAGCUACUUGCCCUGUCAAGGCUAGUUGCCUCUGGCUUCCUCAAUGACACCGCUGGGUGCCGCUUUAAGAAGCCUGUAAGCCAUUCUAAGCUGGUCUUUUCUUUUUCUGCCCACAUUGGCACGAACUUCAGCUGGUGUGCCACAGCAAACAAAGUCUUCUGACCUCACUUGGCGACAGACCAAAAUAAAUGUCAGCUGACCUAGUAAUAUACUGAACAAGCUGCAUCUCCAAAUCAGGUGAAAAAAAACUGCCGUGGCUUUGAAUAGCCAACCACUGUUGUUGGCAUGGCUGUCUGACUUUCACCUUCUUCUCUGGUAACCUUUUGAAAAUACAGAGUCAGAUUACGGUAAUUUAUGUAAAAAAUCCUUCGCUGUACUCCUGAUUGAUUUGUUCUGAAACUUCACCUGCCUCACUGCCUUUAACAUUGUGUCAGGUGGUGUGCUGCCAUUCUGUCUUUUAUCAUUUCUAACCAUCUUUCUUUCCUUUCCUUCCUUCCUUUCUUCUUUUCUUCAAAAACACAUUUCCUCAUUGCAAUUAUAUACUCAUUACAGACUUAUUAUGCCCACCUCUCCGUCUACUAUCAUUGUUGCCACAUUACAAUUCAUAACACCACAACACUAAAUUAAUGACUGUGUGUGUGUGUGUGUGUGUGUGUGUGUGUGUGUGUGUGUGUGUGUGUGUGUGUGUGUGUGUGUAUGUGUGUGUGGAUAUACUGUCUCAUAUAGUAGGCAUGUAGUGUGUUAGUAGAUACAGGUGCGCACACACCACACACACACAAGCCAGAGCCUGUCUUUUGUAGUCCAGGGAUAUGUCUGCUGCUCUAAACUAUAUGUACAGUAUAUAUAAUAAUCAAUUUAUGGUAACAUUUAAUACUACUAUCAGAGCUGAUUACACAAUAUCACCAUUUUUUAAGCCUGUUUUAUGUGUCUAUGUGUACUGGGGCAAGUUGUCACAUGUAAAGACUUGCCCCAAAGUCAUUAAAACAACUUGCCCCAAACUGACGUGUGCUAAUGUUGGCUAAAUCUCAAGGUUAGCUCAACAUAGGACUGCAGCUAAAGUAUUAAAAGACAUGUUGAUGUCUCCUCUACUCAGUGCAAAAUUAUAAUUUUUAACAUUCAUACCUAACAAAGCUUUAUUGCAUAAAAUGUAAAGUGCCAAUUUUUUACUUUUGGGGAAAGGGGAAAAAUAAUAAACUUGUGCUCACCUCAGAUUAGAGUGACCUUGACCACAUGUGAACAGGAAGUUGACCAUAGAACAUGUAGUCACACAAAGUAGCGAUUAGAUUUUUUUUAGAUUUAGCGCCUCUAGUGUUGGAGGUAUGACCAGUUUGACAACUUACCUCGCUCUCCCCUAUAUGUUAUUUUGAUGUAGGUGUUCCAUUAGAUUUUUUGCCGACUCAAUUCAUGUUACAAAAGGAUUUUACAGUUUUAAAGCAAACUUUUUUUUUCUCUCUGUGACAAAUACCAAUACUGGAUUUGAUCUCUGGUACAUAUUGUCCAUGUGGACAUUUUUCCUGUGUCAUGUAAUUUUUGCAUUAUAUUCCCAAUUUUGACGCCUUAUAUUUGUAGAUGUUAAUAAAGGUCUUUAAACACAUGA